UAAGUUUUUCUGUGUGCCACGGCCCUUAACCGUAACCUCAAUUGUAACGAAGCCUUUAGUGUAAUAUAGGCUUUAGUUUUGCGUUAUCAACGCGAAGCGAGAGAUGUAAGAUGAAAACGGCUACAAUCAGCUACAAUCGGAAAAUGGCGUCGUCAAGUACCCAACGUUGGAUGGUGGACUCUGGAAUUCUACGUAAAAAGAAUAACGACGAGCAACCGCAGGAGCUAUUGGUCUUCGGAUAUAGCUGCAAAUUGUUUCGCGAUGAUGACAAGGCGAAAAUGAUUGAUCAGGGAAAGCAUUUGAUACCAUGGAUGGGCGAUAACACGUUGAAGAUAGACAGAUACGAUGGACGGGGCGCACUGGGUGACCUACGGGUGUACGAGCCACCGACAGGUGGUUUUGAUCAACGGACCAUACUCACCGAGGAGGAGCUGAAAAUAGAACAACUCUGUGACGAGGAGCGGUAUCGGUCUCUUUACAACAAUGAUGAGGACGAAUCCAUCUAUCAUGAAGAAGAAAUGAGGAGGCUGCAUCAAGCGCUAGACUCUGAAUCGUAUCAUCAAGUGGGAUUUAAUUAUAAUGAGGACGAGAAUGGUCACAAAGCUCCGUGUGAAGACUCGCAAAGUCCGAAACAGUCGGAGGGUUCGCAGGAAGAGGAUCAAGCAUUUGUCCCACCUCCUGAACUGGAAAUCCCAGAAGGAAUGAUUGUGGUAAGAUUUUGUUAUAUUGGAAAAUAUCUACAGACUACAGUUUGAUCUUAUAUCCAAGAU